CGUAGGAAGGCUGUGGUGACAACAAAUGUAUAUAUGAUGAUGUGAGCAUGUUGAUGUGGCAUUUUGGCUGAGGUGGCACUGCAUUGCAUUGUGGGUGGUACAAUAGACUAUUAUGACUAUGAUAUAUAUCAUAAACUCUAAAUAAGCUUUGAAUAGAACGUCAUCGAAAUGCACAUUUGCUCAAUUGGCGAGAAAUCUGUGGUUGGGGACAGCUAUCUCCAGAGAAAGAAAGAUGGAGCAGAGGCAAGUAGCUCAGAGAGUGAGGGGAAGAAGAAGCGCAAGAAACAGAAGGGAAGUGACGAUUCUGACUCUAGCUGCAGCAGUGACGACUCCGAGGAUAAUGUGAAAUCUGGUCCAAAGAGACUUUCGUCAUUCUUAAAUAAUGGUGAGGAAGAUGGUGACGACGUCGAAGACGAGAAUGCCCCAAAUAAGCUCAACAUACAGCUCAAACGCCAGAGGCCGAACCGCUUCGCCGAACUUUUUAACUCGGUCAACACUUCUCCGGGAGUCACUGCUGCCGGGCCAGCAGUGGGAGCAACACCAGUCUGCCCGCCACAAGCGGUGGCGACUGCAGCACAACUCUCAGAGAUAAGGCCAGUACAGCUGCCAGGAGCUCCAAUGGUCCCGAAUCAUGUCGGGCUUAUACCAUCGGGUGUGAUGCCGCAGUUUCUUAUGGCAGCCAACCAACCGAUGAUGUUUGCUCUGCCGACCGGUCAAUUCCUCAUGGGUGCAAAUGCUGCCGGAGGUGCAACACCCAUGCAGCAAGCCGGUCUACCGGGGUUGCAGAACAUGGGUCUCCCAUUGGGAGCUGGCAUGCAUCUUCCAGGAACCUCCCCGUUUGUGCGGUUCCCUCAUAUGAUGCCAUUCUCUCUACCGCCCGGGCUUGCCAAUCCGCAGGCUGCACCGUUAUUCCUCCAACAGCAACAACAGCAGCAGCAACAGCAGCAACAACAACAGCAGAAGCAGCUUCUGGUGCAGCAGCAGCUACUACUACAGCAACAGAUGCUUGCUCAGCAGCAGCAGUUUCUAGGUCAGAUGCGUCCGUCCACCUUGCCUGGCCUUCAGCUUGGAUCUAUGCCUGUACCGGGAAUGAUGCCGUUGGGCAUGCAUCCAAAUCUCGCAAUGAGUUCCAUGGCCCUACAGCAGAGCCUGACCCUUCCGCCAACGGUUCCAUUGUUGGUUCGUCCGGCACAGGCAUCGGUUCCGAGGCCACCAGAGAAGAAGUAGUCCUCGUGAGGAGAAAGCGGUGUUCAUCUUGUGGAAGAAAAGAACCGCUAGAGCGAGCGUAUUUGGAGAGGGAGUGUGUGUGUCUUGUGUGUGUGGGGGGGGAGUAGCCUGCGGGUUGGAUGCAUAGGGUGGGUGGGCAUAUGAGAAGCAGUGUCCUCAAGCUACACGAGAAGCAGCUGCUGCGUCUUCAAGCUACAUGAGAACCAGCUGCUGCGUCUUCAAGCUACAUGGAACGACUGAUCGGGUGUGCAAAGACUGCGUGCCUAGCAGCAGUGCCGACUAUGAGGUAGCAUGCAUCUUUCCAAUUGCAGGUUUGAUGCACUGGGCGGGGAUAGCACCUUGCGUAAUGAGAAGAAGCUACCUCCAAGCGAUAUGACAACAACAGACCGAAAGGGAAAACACUUGCGUGCUUAGCAGCAGCUGAGGCGACAACUCUGAAGUUGUGCAUGCAUCCUUCCAAUGCGCAUUCAGGUAUGGAUCACGCGCCUGAAGAGAGAAGCGAAGGUCUCUUGUUGCUCCUGGUGCCAUUGCUAUCAGUCCACGCCAGUGGCAUGCAAUAUUGUGCGGAUGAAUCGAAAGAGCUGGAGUGUUGAGAACAUGUGCCUGCAGAGAAGCAGCUGUAUUAGGAAAGCGGUCAAGACAGUUUAUGCCUGUUGGGAAGGAAAGCAUAGGAAGGCGGGGAAGGGAAAGAAGUAGGCUUCAGGGAAAAGGGGGGAAGGGCGAAUAGGUUAUUGCCCGGUUGCCAAACGGGGUGCGCAGACCGGUGACAUACAGAUCAAAUGAAGAAUUCAGAUCCUGCUUGGUGCAAUAAUGUUAAGGGGAGUAGGGGCUACCCCCGUUAAUGGAGGAGUGAGGGAGAAUCGGAGGCACCACUUUGCUUUGCUUGCUUACAGAAUUGUGUCCCCAGUACGAAAUUGCACACAUGGUUCGGUGAUGAGCUCGUGUGUUGAGGAGGAAGACGUCUUCAUGUGCGAGAGUUGUUACAAGAAAAGAUGUCUUUGUUAUCAUGGAGGGGACUAGCAUAGCAGCUGGUUUGUGGAGACUUCUCCAGAAUGACUGUUCUUCUUUCAUAAAAAAGGGGGGAUGAACAUCGGUGCAGCAGAGGGGGCGGCCUCAUUCAGUCGGCUGGAAGACUAUGUACCUACCUCUUUCUGUGGAGGGUUGGUCGGGUUGGAAAAUGAAUUUUGCCGCGCCAC